AUGGCGCAAGCAGAGCACUAUCCAGAUGAAUUGGCAAUACUAAAGCGGAACGUGGAUGCGGAACCAGAACAGCGAAAGGCGCUGGGAACAAGUAGUGCGAUUGCGAAACUACCUCCACAGUUGGAUGAACAUGGAGUAAUACGUUUCGAUAGCCGUAUCGCAGCGGCUGAUUACGUCAGCUAUGAUACCAAAUAUCCGAUUAUUAUGCCGAGACAAGAUCCGAUUACUAAACUUCUUUUGGAUUGGUACCAUCGCAAGUACCGGCACGCGAAUAACGAAACUAUCGUAAAUGAAGUUCGGCAACGAUUCUAUAUUCCGAAGCUUCGGGUGGAAGUUCGUUCCGCAACUCGACGCUGCCAAUGGUGCCGUGUCUAUAAGGUCAAGCCUAUGGCACCAAAAAUGGCGCAACUUCCAAGGAUCCGCAUCACGCCGUUCCUACGUCCUUUCACAUUCGUAGGUAUCGAUUACUUCGGACCAUAUUUCGUAAAAGUCGGUCGCAGUUCAGUUAAGCGCUGGGUUGCCCUUUUUACAUGUCUGACUGUUCGGGCAAUUCAUAUGGAGUUAGUCUACGGGUUGACAACAGAUUCGUGUAAGAAAGCUAUUCGACGAUUCAUUGCGCGAAGAGGAGCACCACAGGAAAUAUACACGGACAACGGUACGAAUUUUGUCGGUGCAAGUAGGGAGCUCCAAAAUGAGUUGCGAGUGAUCAACACUACGAUGAGCAGUGCAUUUACGGAUGCGAAUACUAAGUGGCGGUUCAAUCCUCCAGCGGCACCCCACAUGGGAGGCUGUUGGGAACGUAUGGUGCGUUCCGUAAAAGCUGCCAUGGGAUCGUUACCUACGAUUCGGAAACUAGACGACGAAGAAUACCUGACCCUUCUAGCUGAAGUUGAACACAUGAUCAACUCACGACCACUAACGUUUGUACCACUGGACGACGAACAACAAGAGUCCCUAACACCGAACCAUUUUCUCAUGCUGAACUCUAGUGGAAUACGUCAAGCGGUCAAGGCUCCUACAGAUGCGAAGAAUGCUUUGAAAACCGGAUGGAAUUUGGUUCAGCACAUGCUGGAUAUAUUUUGGCGGCGAUGGAUUGCCGAAUACCUUCCUGUUAUUGCAAGGCGGGGCAAAUGGUUUCAAGAUGUACCAUCAAUAAAGCAAGGAAUGUUAGUGAUCAUAGCAGACGAAGGGAAUCGUAAUGAAUGGAUGCGGGGUAGAGUGGUCCGUACAUAUCCCGGGAGAGACGGCGUGGUUCGUAAGGCAGAUGUGGAGACACCCAGCGGAGUAUUAAGUAGAUCGGUUCACAAGCUAGCAGUUCUUGAUGUAGCCCAAAAUGGUGACGCCGAAGAGAACCUUAGGCGCCACGGGGGGGGAGGAUGUUGCUGGCAACCAUGUCGCUGA